GAUAACGGCGAAAUGUUGCGCUCGUAUCUAUUAACUAUUUGAAAAGCAAGGUGGAAGAGGGGGAUGAUUAUCGCGGAACGAGAGACGCGUCUUGAAAGUUUUUCAUUCUCCGUCGGUUUAUCGAUAACGAUUGGGAGGAUAAUCGAUCGGCGGGGCGAGAGGGGGAGAGGAAUGGAAGAUCGCGAACGUGGUCGGUCGGCAUCGUAGGUGGAGAGUCGCGUGCAUUUCGCACCUGCCGACUCGCACCGCGCACGCGUCCAGGUAUACGACGUGGCGGCGCACAGGCCUCGGCUGGCGCGACGUCGAGCUUUCGUAGUCGGCAUCGGCCAUCCGCGACGCCAACUUUCCCUCCGAGACGCUCCUCGCGGAUCACGCGUCACGCCGCGUCGCCUGCUCGUGCCUUCCAUCCACCACCUCCCGUUUUCCGCCGACCAGCGCACCGACUGCCCCCCGCAAACACUUCCCCGCGAUUUCGAAUUUUCGCGGCCGCGAUCCAUGUUUCCCUCUCGCCCCCCCCUUCUCCACCAAUCGAUCCACCUCAUCGGAUCCCGACGCUGGCUCACGAAAGGACGACGAGCCGUGUGCACGACUCGAUGAACCGGAACCGCUCCUGCCAGGAAUAGCCGCCAACGGCGGCGUUGCGAUCGUGGAUCGUGGCCAUCGAGUACGAAGAGGAAGGUGGAACACGACGACCGGGAGCCGGGAAAAUAGGGGAACUCGAACGAAUUAUCCUGGAUAGGCGAAAGUGGAGGUACCGGAUCCACGAUCGUCGACCAACGAACGACGAUGGAUCUUACGCUGCUCUUCAUCCUCGCCGUGCUCCUCGGACAAGAGGUGACGGGGUUGAAGCUGCUCGGCAUAAACGUCCCGGCAUACUCCCUUAGGGGCAAGAGUGCGCUCCUCGAGUGCAGAUACGACCUGGAAACGGACAAGCUCUACUCCAUCACGUGGUACAAGGAUCACGAGGAAUUCUACAGAUACGUGCCCAAAGGGGAGCCCAAGAAGCACACGUAUCACGUGGAGGGGGUUAAAGUUGACUAUCGGCGCUCCGAUCACCAGCAAGUUCUGCUUCAGAACGUGAGCCUGUACACCAGCGGGAAAUACAAGUGCGAGGUGAUCACUGAGGCUCCUAGCUUCAACGCGAUCAACGCGGAAGCCAAUAUGGAGAUCGUAGUUCUACCUCAAGAGGGACCGUUGAUAACGGGCGAGGAGAAGAUUUACGCGAGCGGCGACAUCCUCGGGUUGAAUUGCACCAGCGGCAAGUCUCAUCCCGCCUCGACGUUCAAAUGGUUCAUCAAUGGGAAGCAGGUGAAGCCCGACACGGAGAUGGUGUUCGAGCAGCACGGACUCUACUCGGUGAUAUCCAGUUUACGGCUACAGUUGGAACCGAAUCACUUCGCUGGCGACAAAAUAAACGUCAGAUGCGAGGCGACCGUGGAAUUGGAUUCAAACUCGGACGCGCUGCUCCUCGAGACUCGCACAACGGAAGUUUUCGUCGCAGGACACGCGACCACCCUCGCGUCUGCCGUCCGGCUGACGGUGGCUAGCGCGCUACUCGCGCUACUGGUCUAGGAGUAGGAUCGGCGACAAGCGCGGCCGGCCGCGCUUCCCUCCUCCGCGCACGAGGAGCCAAGGAGGAGGCCGUCGUCGGAAGGAGAGAAGGAGGCGAAGCGUCGAUGAGAGUGGAGAAGAAGAGGAGAGAAGAGGAAUGGAAAUGGCGCUUCGAAAGGAUCGUGUUGGCUACUUGGCCGGAUGGACGAUCAUCGAUCCAGGGGAGGGGGACGCGGAUUUACCGUGCCGCGUAUUACGGCACGCGACUCGAAAAUACGAUUUACGAGGGUGUAAGCCGAUUAAUUCGGAACGAUUCGACGGGAGCACGGGCUAGCCGUAAAUAUUUAUCGAAAAACACGCGUGUACGGGAGCGAGGGGACUCGAGGAUGAUUAUUCUUGGAACGAUGAUAGAUAGGAAACGGGCGAGCGAGCGAGCGAGCCAGCCGUCUCCACGCUCCUCCACCCUCCCGCGCAUAUCUGUCCGUGUUUCUCUCGCAUCACGCGCGCACUCGCGUAACGAUACGUCUAAGUAAGUACGUGUUACCCAUCCCAGUUGUACGGCUUCCAAGCUUCUAAUUCCCGUUGUCUACUUCCCGAAGGACGCGACGCGCUCGCUCGCUCGGUCCCUCGCUCGCUUCGCGAUCCUCCCUCCUCCCUCCCCCUCCCCCUCCCCUCCUCCUGUCGCGACGUCUGUGAAUACUUUAUACACACUAUUAUUACUACCACGCCUGCCGUAUCUAUCGAGAAAUAGAUACCUCGUGACCGAGAUUAGAGAAAAAGAAACGUCGUCGAAUCGUCGUCGCUUUCCGUAGAGAAACGCAAUGUGCAAUGAUCGGCAUCUCCGUGUCAUUGUCGCCCGAAAACCCCAUCACAUCAGAUCGGAAAGAAAUCGCGCGUACUUGUGUGUAUGGCCUAAUGUAUAUAUAUACAUAUACAUAUUCGCAAAUAUUUAGCAAAUAAAUCGUAUUUCAUUAAAAAAAAGCGAGCGAUUUUCAACAUUUCCCCUCCCGUUAUUGCGUCUCUCCUUCCCCUCCUCAUUUCCGUUCCGCGUAUACGUUCGCGAAACGAGCGCGAUUGGAAAAAUUCGACCCGACCAAGGAUCUCGACCAACGAACGCUGUUCUCACUGAUCGAGAAAGAAUUAAUGGUGGUUCGUGCCACUGGACGAUACAGAGAGAGAGAGAGAGAGAGAGAGAGAGAGAGAGAGAGAGAGAGAGAGAGAGAGAAGGCGCAGAGGGGAGCCCCUUAACUCGAUACCAAGGAAAUUCUCGAGAGGAUAAACGGUCGGUCGACGCGAGUCUCCCGGAAGACGAUCGAUGCUAAUGGCCCGUGCCAAACCAGACGGCCUACCUACCUACCUACCUACCUACCUACCUACCUAUCUACCUAUCUACCUGCCUGCCUGCCUGCCUGCUUGCCUGACCGUCCUUUGAAUAUGUAUCGACGCGCUCUCUCUCUCUCUCUUCCUCUUCCUCCUCCCCUUCCGCCUCACUCUUCGUUCUCCUCCAUUUCGCCUUCCCAGUUUCGAGUCGCGAUCCUCGAAACGAGGUGACCAACCGACCGACCAACCAACCAUCGAAUUCGAUUACGGGCGGUUAACAUUCGACGCCGGCACGAAUUUUCUCCAUUUGUGAGCGAUCGAGUGUGUUGGACGUUCGUCGACGAGUUUGGCAUCGAGGAGACCGAGGGAAUCGAUACCGGGCGCCAAUUAUAACCGUGUCGUCGUUUCCGUGUCCCAUCCACUCUUACUCCCUACCCUACCCUACCCUACCCUACCCCCAUCGUCUCUAUCGCUCGUCUCUCGACGAUACGUAAAAAAAAAAAAAGAGGAAAAAGGAGGGGAAAGGAAAAAUAAGCGGCAUCGAUAUCUCGGAGUUCUUUUUUUGUUUCUUUCCUUUUUUCUUUUUUAGCAAGUUCGUGUCAACGGCCGAACGGGUGAAGCGAAAUCUUGCUGUAGGAAGUAAGCAAGGUUCGCGUGCUCGUAUAACGGGGAACGGCCGGUUACGGCCAAGAUGGAUCGACCUCGGCCCAACCUUAACAGGUAUAUUAAAAUUAUUAGAAUCCAUCGAAUCCAUCCCCUUUCCCCUAUAUAAUAAAUUCUAUUCCUUUCGAUCGAAAUUGAAUCUCAAGUUGAUCGAUAUUCAGCUCGCGGUCCCCUAACGUCGACGACCCCCCUUUAAUUAACUUGUUCGCCGAGCGAGGAGACUCUCUCCUCCUCCGUUUUUCUCUCUUUUCUUUUUUUUUUCUUUUUUUUUCCUCCUCUCCUUUUGUUCCAGGGUGGCGUGAACGCCUCCUCCGCGCGCGUUCUCCCCUGUGACUACAUAAAUCUCAAUUAUUCCUUUCCACCAACGUGUCGUUUAUCCACGGGGGAAGGAAAGUCUCCUCCUAGAGAGGCCACCGAUGAAAAUCGUCGAUACCUCCUCUUCUUCCGAACUUCUUUCGCGGCGCUUCUUCCGCAAUUCUUCCUUCCAUUUCCUGCCGCAUCUUGAAUUAUAAAAUCUUGCGCACCUGCUGGUGCUCGGAUCGAUCGAAUUCCCCUCCCUCACCCUCCCCCCCACCCGUCUUGGAUACGUUUUCGGCUUCCGGACGAAUCACGAUUUUACGGCCGCCACACCGGUUCCUCGGUUUGUCAUCGACGACUGGCAGCUGCAGCGGUGAGAAUGGGUUGGGGGAGGGGAGAACGGUGUUUGUAAUUACGAUGGAGAAAAGUUUGGUCGCGAGGAGGACGAUGCCGCGCGGCCAACUUUCUUCUUUCACUCGUCUACGAAACUGUUUCGAAAUAAAGGAGCCAGUAGCACUGUCGUGGUAUUUUCCGGGAAAUGAAAAGCACCGUUUAAAGGGGGACGAACGAACGAACGAACGAUAAUUGCUCGACGAUUUUUCUUUCGAGACAACGCGAUGAUUGUCACGAAAGAGAAGAAAUUUCCAAGAUUUUUUUUUCCUCCCCCUCCUCGAUUUCUCUCUCUCUCUCUCUCUCCUUUUUUCGAUUUUUUUUCUCUUUCUUUUUUUUAAGGAAAGACGACCGCGGAAAUUUUAUUCGUUAUUCGAGGAAACGGCGCUGCGAUUGCCUGUUCCCGUGCGUGAAAAUUGGUGGAUUCGAUCGAAGUUUUUAGUUUUUAUUUUUUUUUUAUUUUUUUCGGAUCGAGCAAGUAUACACGGCGGGUGUACUCGGAUUAAUUUCCGAAAUUUUCCGUUGGAAAAAUUAACCGGCUACAAAUCCUCGAUAACGUUUCCUUUUUAUCCCGUUACGAAUCUAAAUGUCAAAAAAUGAAACGCGAUGUUUUCGUUGCAGUGUGCAAACCACGAAAAACGAACCGGCGAAUAAUGAACACGGCACACGGGAGCGCGCGCUUUGCCUUUGGGACAAUAUCAAUUAGUUAUUCGAGUGCAACGAUUUAAAAGGAAUUUUUGCCGAAAACGUAGAUACAGCGGUAGUCAAAAAUCCGAUAUGACAAAUACACAGUGCACGUGAUUGAGUUUGUUUUUGUUUUAUCGAUCGCUGCUUUAGAAAGGAAGGAAAGAUGAUACCGAUAGUGCGCGAUUUAAGGAGGGAAAAAAAAAAAAAAAAAACACGAUCGAAAAUAUCAUUUCCAAAUAUGUUUUUUCGAUCGAAUUAAACUUUCUCGUUGCUUUUUCUUUUCCUUCUUUAUUUCAAAUCUACCCUUCCUUUUACCUUCGAAAUGAAUCGUCCAUUAUCGAUACGAGUUAGUUAACUAACUUUGACCUUCCGUUCGUUCCAUUCCAGAGACGAAUCGUUUGUUUAGUAGGAAAUGUAUUAUUUAAGAUAUAUUAUUUAAGAUGGCGCAGUUAUUUCUUUGUUUCAUAUUGCCUUAAAAUGUAACAUAGAACGCGAUUAACGAAAUAAAAUAUAUUUUUAAAUCGGAAAA